CGAGGAGAGAGGCCCGGCACUUCGCUGCUCUUCAGCUAGGACGGGGUUGAGUGGUUCCCAUGUCACGCUGCAGGCCGACUGCUGGGCAGGAGAGCACCGAGGUGAUACAACUACUGGACACAAAGCUAGGGGGAGCUUACACAAAUAUCCCAUUCUUCAUCCCAUCCCGCGGGUCCCUCCAUAAUCUGACUCACCAUGGCCAUGCAGAAACACCUGACUAUCUCAGAUUGCCACAGCCGCUCGGUGAGCGCCCUGGGUUACCACUCUGCACGCAGGGAGUUUCUGACCGGCUUUGAGGAUGGUGUCAUUAAAUGGUGGGAUUUGGAGACUGGACAACUAACCUUUUGCGUCUUUGAACACAUUGGUAUGAUCACGCAGUUACUGUAUUGGGUUGAACCCAAACUUCUUUUCUCAUCAUCCAAUGAUGGAACUAUCGUUGUCUGGACUAUUGGGGCCACUGUGUUUGACAGGAUCAUGUUAAACGCUUCGGUAUUUUGCAUGGCGAUCAAUCAUCGGAGGCAUCAACUCAUUUGUGGAUUCAAAAACCAGCUGAGAGUCUUUCCUUUGGAUGAAAAGAAAGACUCUGGUCAUGUCCUGGAUCUGGAGAAGAGUUUCACUAACCGCAGACACAGGGACAUUGUGUCAGCUGUGGUCUGCCUUGAUACCCGGAUAUAUUCUGUUGGUUAUGACAAGAAAUUCAUCAUCUACAACACCAGUUCCUAUCCGAACAGCAGAAGCCUGCAGGUGGUCCACUGCAAUCCCAGAGCUCAUGAUGCUGGAAUCACAAAUCUGAUGGUCGUUCGGGAAAUAGAGAGCACAAGGCUGGUGACGGGCUCCUUCGAUAAAAGUGUGAAAGUCUGGUCACAGGAUGGCCAGCUGAUCCUCAAGCUCCCUUACUUUACCGGCUUUAUAAGUAGCCUUUGCUUUGUGCCUUGCGUGAAUUCGGUCUGGAUCUGCAGUGGCGUCCAGUCCCCUUCCAUCUUUGACCCAAGCUCCGGAGAGAUCAUUUCAGAGUCCAUCGAAACUUUCCAAAGUCAUGAGAAUGGACAACCACUGCAUCAACUGGUUUGCGCACCAGAAUCCAACCACGUAAUAGGUUUCAGCAGGCAACGCAGAGACCUGACGGUGUGGAAGUACAAUAAGAUGGGCUCGGUCACAAUGCUGCGAAGCAAACAACCAGUGGAGUGCCUGAGUUACAACAACAACAGCAGUGUCGUUGGCAAAUCUGUAGAUGGCAAUGGAGCGUGGAUGGCAAUGGGUAUAAAGGGGGUAGAGCAGGGGGCUUAUCACACGUCCCUGAGAUGCAUUCCUGAGGUGGAGAUGUUGAUUCCAAUCCACACUGACCUGAGUCGUGAAUUGUUCAAUAAGUUUGAAACACAGUCCAUUGGAAAGGGGAGAUACAGCAGCGCCAGAGUGGCCAGUCGCCGCAAAGCCCUGUCCGUUCGUAGUCGUGCUGGCGGGCCUGCGAGCAGGGUGAAGGAAUCACCUGGAGCCAAGAGACCACGUAAACCCAACGUACCAUGCAGCUUUACCAGGUCGUUAUUUGUGGAAGAGCUGGAUAUGCUGAUCCUUGCUGCUGAUGAUGGCAAUAUCUACCUUUGGGGCUUUGAUGACUCCAUGUCCAGCAUUCUCAAGAUGAUGCCUUCAAGAACAAGUCGAGAACAGAAUAACACAAGGAAUUUUGAAUGCUUGUCCAAGCCAAGCAUUGACAGACAAUACAGUACGUUUGAGGAGGAGAACGGGAGUUCGGUCACUAACCGUGUUUCAGGGUUUGUGUGUAAGAAGGUUUUGUCUCAUCAUAUUCAGCCUGUGGGAGGAGUUGCUGUGGUUGGGAGAGAUCGAGGAUACGACACUGACUACCUGAUUUCUGGUGGCUGGGACAGGCAGUUAUGUGUGUGGGAUCUACAAGUGGGUGAUCUGUAUAACGCGUUCUCCAAUACUGCGCCAGGUGAGAGUGGAGAUGUACAGGAGCUGGCCUGUGAUGGCGCCAUUUUAGAUCUUGCCUACAGCCCAAAGCGGAAUGAGUUUGCCUACUCUUCGAGUGAUGGGAUGGUCUACAUUCGCCAGUUCAGCCCCAUCACAAGUGAAAUGAAGCUCGUGAGCGUUCUGCAGGGUCACGAGGCUGACAUCACUGCCAUCUUGUGGCAUUCCCUCUUAAAUAAGUGGAUCAGUGGCUCAGAGGAUGGGACAAUCCGGAUCUGGAGUGAAGAUGGAUCGCAAUGUGAUCAAAUACUGGUCACACAUGAACCGGUUAAUUGUCUUUGCAUCGACCAGGACAAUGGCUGCAUUAUCGCUGGGAUUCAGGAAAGCAUGAGUGUUUAUGACCCUGAAACAUUUAUGCAAGUGCAGAGAAAUAUUGGACACACUGAUUCAAUCCGUUCCAUCAUCCACAUUCCUGAGAGAAGCCAGUAUGUUACUGCUUCCUGGGAUUGCACGGUGCGUGUCUGGAAUGCUUACAUCAAAUUACUUCCAAAGAACAAAGAAACAAGGAAAAGUACAAAAAGUGCGACAAGCUGAGAGGAAAUCUCACCAGGGCUGCAAUUUCCUUGGUGAUUAUUUCACUUUGAAAUUGGUUUAACUUGUUACAAAUUCAUUGAGAUGUGAAACUGUUUACCAUCAGUUUAAAUAUUCAGCUACAGCAUUGCCAUGAUUACUGGAACAGAAUGUGACUGGACAUUCUCUGACGAAAGGUACACCUCCUGAUUCCCCAAAUCUUCUGUGUCUGCUAUUAAAUGGAAGUUAGAUGUCUGAAGGAAUGGUCCACACUUGCCUAGAUGGUUCAGUUGGGACAAUGUCCAACACUGGCAUAGUGGUGUGGAGCUACUGCCUCAUAGUGCCAGACACCCGGGUUUGAUCUUGACUACGGGUGCUUGUCUGUACGU